CAUAAUUUAUUAAUAAACUAUACAAUGACAGAGGCUCCCAUGCUGGACUACAAUGACUUUGGAGACUAUUUAAUGCAAUUAAUAAAUCAAAGCGAUGGCGGUAAUUGCACACCAUUUCCUGAUGAUUUUUUGGAUAAGUUUUCUAAAUCGUCUCAAGAUCGCCAGAUUGCAGUGUCGGCUGCUUAUGGACUUAUCUGUUCAAUAGGUCUGAUAGCGAAUGCUGUCGUAAUGUUCCUACUUCUUACUGGAGGGCGCAAGGGAGCGACUUUCAAAGCACCGUCGACGAUAUUGAUCAUGAAUUUGGCAAUUGCCGACACCCUGUUUCUGCUAACUCUGCCGUUUUCAAUUUCACAUCGAAUGCACAAAGGCUGGGUCUUCGGGAGUGGAAUGUGCAAGUUUGUCGAAGGGAUCAAGUUUAUUAAUUAUUAUGGAUCAGUGUUCUUCAUAACCGCUAUGGCAGUAGACAGGUAUAUCGUGGUCUCCCACCCCAGUUUUCUCAACCGUUCAAAGGCUCGAAAGUACAUGUGCAUUCUCUCUGUAGUUCUAUGGUGCUUAGCAAUCGGUGCGGUCGUCCCUCUUCUUGUUUUUGCCGGCGUUGAUGACCAUGGCUUCUGUAGCAUCAUGUUUCCGAGAGGACCGACAUUCGUUCACAAUUCUUCUGCUUUCUUGGAAGCUUUAGAAGAAGUGGAAUGUGUUGAGCAUUACAUAUUUACCGGGGAUGAUUACGAAGGUGCUGACUCGGAUUUGAUAGAGAGUAAAAGUGUUGAAUCUUUUGAGGGUGAAGGGUCAAGCUCUGUGGACGAUUAUAUCGACUUCAUUGAUGAAGAACUCGGAAUCCCUAUUGACUUGGAAGGAUCAGUAACUUGCAAGCACCCACACGUUCCUAGCAUGCACGCCUGGCUCAUAUGGAACUUCAUAAUUGGAUUCAUCGUCCCAUUCUUCAUAAUAUCCUGGUCAUACGUUCGUCUCAUGACAGCUCGAUUACCCAUGCUAAACUUGAGACGUGAGCGCCAUCUCGCGAAUGAAGAAUCAUGUAAUAAUAACGUAGCAAGAUCAAGCAAUGGACAUCCAAGGAAUCUGAGAGAGGACGCUAAUAAGCUGAUCAAUCAAUCGGAACCAACAAAUAUAACGAAAGUGACCAAUCAAAAAGCGAAGAUAUUGAUGAACGUUUUGGUCCCAUGCCUGAUUGCCGCCUUCGCAAUAUGCUGGAUGCCAUACCAUUUAUUCCACUUGCUUCAAAUUAAUGGCGUCAAUAUGUCAAGUGACGCGGCAUGUCAUGUAACUCGUGACGUGACAUUCUGCCUUGCCUUCUUCAACAGUGCCUUGAAUCCGAUUUUGAAUUCCUUCUUCUUGUAUAACUUUAAGCAAAGAGUUCAGCAGUCAACAACAUGGAUGUCAAGUCAGUUGAAGAAUCUAACGAGCAGAAAGAAUGGAGGGAGGAGUAACAGGGACGAAGCCACGGUCCAUUUGAACGGUCUUAAAGUUGAUGAUGACGAAACACUUGCGGCAGAUGCUACCAUUAUGACAUCAGCAACCAUUGUGGAUGAAUGAGCACGGCAAUUUAUAUAUUUCAGCUUACAGAGUAUUCGUUUAAAUCUUCAAAAUUGGAGCAAGUAUUGCUUUUUUAAGAAACACUUAUUACUGAAUUAUAUGAAUUAUGUUUUUAUGAGGCUUUCUCUUCUGAGAACAAGUUUAUAGAUAAGCAAUCUUUUCUACCCCCAUAAUUUCUUCCCCCUUUGAAUAAACUCUAAGCGGGUCUGUAUGCCUGAUAAUGCGAUAUCUCGACCUUGCGGCGCAAAUAUGGUAAAACCUAACCCUUUGACCCAGGC